CGGGAAUCAGAAGCGGUGGAGUAUCGAAAAUCGAAGCAGCUUCGCUUAGCCUUUUUUGAGUCUAUUGACGGAGUCGUCGGCAUUUGGUGACGUGGAUCCUUAUCGAUAUCAGCUGUUGAGCUCUGGAUGGAAGAGGGUCUUCUGCUACUGCGUAGUCAGCGAAUCCACUGUAGCGGAAGAGAGUUUUUCUGAUUUCUUUUACUAGGAAGAAGCUCAGACUGAUCAAUCAAGAGUGUCCAGAGAAAGGGAGAGAAAGAAGGGGAUGGAAGGAGGACGAGGAGGAGGAGGAGGAGUGAAGGUGGAUAGAUGGGGAUACCAGGUGAGAACUUCUUCGGAUGCCUGCAUCUCCGCCAUCAACUCUUAUUACCAUCAGCUUCUUACCUAUGGAAGAGAACGAGGAGUGAUUCUUGAAGCUGUGUCCCAUGACCCGGACUGCGUUCUCGCCAACAUUCUCGUUGCUCAUUGCUUCUCCACCAGUGACCCAUCUCGUCUUUCCUAUCAUCUCGCCGCUGCCGAGUCCCGACUGGUACAGGCCACCCCGUACGAGAAAGCUGUUUUUGACGCCAUUUCCUCUUUGAUCGCCGAAGACAGGGAUGACGAUGCUGCUUUUCAUUCACACUCGAGUCUGCUAAAACAGUUCCCUAAGGACCUGGUAUCUCUGAAGAGGGCUCAAAUUCUAUGCUUCUACAUGGGUCGGCCUGAUCUAUCUUUGGUCAUUGCUGAACAGGUUCUGCCACAAAAUCAACAAGAGAGCUACAUAUAUGGCAUGCUUGCCUUUCCUUUGUUAGAACUCAGCAGAAUGGAAGAUGCUGAGAAGGCAGCAAGGAAGGGCUUAGAAAUCAACAAGCAAGAUCUAUGGUCACAGCAUAAUUUUUGUCAUGUCUUACAGUAUGAAUGUCGUUUCAAGGAAGCAGUAGAGUUCAUGGAAGAAUAUUCCUCUUCAUGGACAUCUUGUUCAUCAUUCAUGUACACACACAAUUGGUGGCAUGUGGCUAUUUGUUACAUGGAAGGCUAUUCUCCAAUUACCAAAAUCUUAAGGAUUUAUGAUGAAAAUAUCUGGAAAGAGUUGCAAAGAAGUGAUGCUGUUUGCCAAGAGGUGUAUCUGAAUGCUCUGGGUUUGCUGUUGCGGAUAUAUUUACGGGGUCAAAUGGGUUUCUUCGGAGAUCGCCUAGAGAUCUUGACAGGCCGUCUAAUGGAUCAAUCCAAUUGGAAUGUGGAAUGGCUCCUUGAUAUGUUGAUACUGUGGGCCUUUGGUAGUGUGAAGGAAAGCAACAAAGCAGAGGAUUUGCUAAAUGGCAUGAAAUCCAGGAUUUGUUCGAUGAGCAAGAAGAAGCAGCUGUUGAUGCAGAGAGUAAUUAAGCUUGCUGAGGCCUUGUAUGCAUAUGGGAGGGACGAUUAUGAACAGGCAUUUCAAUUGCUUUCCCCAGAUUUUGAUGCUAAUGAAUUUAAGAUAGUUGGGGCGUCCGAUGAACAACUUGAGGUUUUCAAUGAAGUUUGGUACAGCGUUCUGUUGAAUUCUGGCCGUGUUGAUAAAGCAAUUGAAGAAAUUGAGAAGGUGGUAAAGAAGAGGGAAGGGAUCCCUUUCUUAUGGCGCUUGCUGGAGAGAAGUUAUACCAUGGCAAAUAGGGAGGAGGAUGCUGCUGUUGCAUCAGAGAAAGCCAAGGCAUUAGAAGCAGCAUAUUUUGAACAUCUGGAAUGAAAUUAUCCAAAUUAUUCCGAGUCAUCGGAGGCUUGGUGGAACAGACGUUUGUUCAUGCAUAUCUCCAGUAAUUCAUGUAAAAAUAGAUCUUGUUAUAAUAACAAUCUUAUAUAGCCUUGACCGUUCCCCUGUGUUUUAUUUCAUGAGAAAUGGACUAAUAUGAAGACUGGUCCCUAAAUAAAGAAUGGGGCUAUGCUUCUAAUUAUACUAAAGAUCUAAAGAAUUUUUUCUAGCAUGAAUUGUGCUUCUAGCCAUUUCAUUCUGGAUCAAAAUUUCCAGUCUCUAGUUGGAGACUAUUGAAUGGAAUAAUAUUUAUUUUUGUUA